UUCGCCCGCUCCAACUUCUCCCUCUUCUUAACAACUCUCCUCCCAAUUAAUCCUUUCUCUUCCUUCAUCUUCUGCCUUCCCUCCAAACUACUUUUCACCCCCCUCAAUUCGCCUAACUUCUUUGACUCCUCUCAUCGCUCCUUUCUUUACCUCCGAUCAGACCUUAUUCCUCCUUUGCCGACCGUGUUAACCCCUCCUCGUGCACACCUUGUCGCCUCGUUUCUCUCACUUCAUUACCGUCACCACUACCUCGUCUCUAUUCCGGUCCGCUCCCUUAAUCCGAAUUGUUCGGUACACAUUGCUACUCUCCUACGUCCUUGUCUGUUCACGGCCAUCCUCGCUUGUCAAUCGAGAGCACCCAACCUUUUGAGUCGACAUCAAGCGUGGUCGAGCACCAGCUUUCGCGCGCUUCUGCUGGUGUAUUUGACCACGGGUCCACCUGUCCGCCACGGCCCCCGAAGAUGACGAGCGAAACCCCCAGGAAUCGAGUGCUACCGCUAUGAGUGAUGUCGAGGCUGUCUCCUCCCUGCCAGCUUCCCUGGAUGCCGGACAAAACGGUCUUGCUGUCAAGGUGAACCACCAGUCUACCUCGGGUCCGCUAUCUCCCAAGAGAGCCCUCUCACCGGUGUCUCGGAGGGAGCAUCGUCCGCUCAAAGAGGUAGACCCUGCUGUCGGGGACAGCGAUGGGCCCCCAAGCCCCAAGGCUGACUCGGAGGCAGAAACCAUAAUCCAAUCGGGCCGUGAAUCAUUAUCGCCCAAGAAGAGACGGAAGUACAUAAAACAUGAACCGAAACGACGUGAUGAUGGAAACGACGCUGUUGACGCUGCAGAGAGCGAUCUCCCUCCCAACGAUUUACAGGUGAGAAAGAGAAAGGUGGCGGAUGGUGAUGUUGUUCGUGAACGCGACCGUCAUGUACGCCCCGCGAGUCCCCUUCGUCGGACCGGGUCUCCACCCAUUGUGAAAAUCGAAAAGACCGAAGAUCCACAAUCGGUUCCGAGCAGACUCGAGUCAUCACACCCUGCAUCUUCCGUGCCCAGAACAUCCAGAAAACGCAGCUUCAGCGAGAGUGUCGAUGGAGAGGGCGAUGUCCGUCGAAAUGCCCGCCCGCAUCACCCAGCCCCUUCCCGGGAUCGAGAGCGACGAGAGUUGAAUGGUGUGGUGUUCCCCCGUCCCGCGUCGAUCGACCGUUCCGUAUCGCCUGUUCGUUCGCACAAGCGAACAGCUUCCGGUCACCAGCUCGGUAGCGAUUUGCAGCGGAAGCGAAAAGCUCCCACUCCACUUCUUCCUGGUGUGCAAAGGCAAAGCUCCGAAGACCGGCAGUCAGUGUCGUCUUCAACCAGCGGAUCUCCUUUGCCCAGCGCUCAUAUCCGAAAGGUGGCUUCCGUCGACGGGGCGUCCGCCUCUCCUGCUAGACCGUCUGGUCACAAGAAGCAACGGGAUCAGAAUGGGCGCACGCGCCUCGCUCGUGCAUGUGCCGCCCAGGAACUCGAUGCAGCCAUCGCUCGACACGCAGAACGACCAGAGGACCUCAAUGUUGCGGACAAUGCUGGCAAUACACCACUUCAAAUCGCUGCGCUGGAAGGCUGUGCGUCGAUUGUCAAGUUCCUCCUCGAAGCCGGAUGUGAAGUCGAGACUAGAAAUAUCGACCGAGAUACUCCCUUGAUCGAUGCUGUGGAAAAUGGCCAUCUCGAUGUCGUCAAAUUGCUUCUUCAGGCUGGUGCAAACCCUCGUUCUGUCAAUGCCGAAGGCGAUGAGCCGAGCGAUCUCAUUCCGUCGGACUCGGAAGACUAUGAAGAGAUUCGUCGUGUGCUGGAGGAAGCCAAAGCGCAUCCGCGACCAAGCCGUCGCUCCGAAGAACAGACUGGAUCUGGAAAUCGAGAAACGUCUUCGCGGAGAGUUACCGUGGCUAGUCCACGAGAGUCACCUCCGGUUAACGGACAACGCAGUCCGCCCUACUUCCCCGCUACCAACAAACGCAAAAGCGUGAGAAGCGAGGCCACUCGGAAUGAUUUGUUGUGGACUAAAGCCACGCCAGAGAAUCUACAAGCAUUUGCCGCCAAGGGUGACAUUGCGGGAGUUGCUAAUAUCCUAAAUGUCGGUCAACGAGCAGACUCGGAGUCGAUGAUUGCGGCCGCUAAGGGUGGCCAUGACGAAGUUUUGUCUCUUUUGCUCGGAAUGGGAGAUGCAAACCCGGACCCUGAACCGGGUCAGGGCGGCUCUCAUAAGCCCGGAUACAAUACGCCUAUGCUGGCAGCUAUUGGCCGAGGCAAUCUCCCAGUUAUCAAGCUUCUCCUGGACCAACCCACUUUCAAUCCCACGCGACGACUAUAUAAGGAUCGCACUUACUUUGAGCUGUCUCGAGAGCGGAGAGCGGAUAAUUGGGAGGAAGAAUACGACCUUCUUCGCGACGCUUACGACAAUUAUGUGCGGAACAGGAAACCGCGAAAACCCGACAUCUCAUCUCCAAGAAGGGUACGUGAUAAGGAACGAGAGAAUAAGCGACCUGGACGGAGAGAGUCUCCCUCCCCCGGGGGCAGGCCUCGAAAAACGCUUGGAAGUCCAGUCCGUCGAGACUCUUCCAAAGACGCACCGUCGAAAGAGCGUAAGAGAGAAUGGCCCAUGCAUGCGAAGGAAAAGUCGGGUCUUCCUCGUUCCAAGGUGGCACAUGCUGUUACGUCUGAUCAUGAUGGUCCUCGUUCCGAUAUAUCUCGACCCAAAGGGGUUCCGACCAAGGAUGGCGAAUCUAGCCGAGGCGAGGAUGCUCCCAAGAGGAGACGGUUGAUUGCAGGACGACCACCUGAUCGCGAUCGCAGGAGGCCUAGCAUUCCCUCAUCUGAUUCAAUGUCUGGUCGGGAAGAGGCCCCCAACUCACGUCCUGAUCAUCACGAAGCCUCUACCAAACCCGGACCCCCGCCAUUGAAGCGGGGUCGCAGCAGCGUCAGUCCGGAACGACCUCGGUCUCGCGGUUCCGAGGCUGAUCGGAAUCCACGCGAGGUCUUAAAGAAGAAGCGACGAGUACUCUCCGAAGACGGAACGCCGAACAUCACCAAUGGAAAUGUGAAGAGAAGCCACCCUGCUGCGGAUGAUGUGAAGCUUCCUCGCCGCAAAGAUGAUGGUCACUCAGCACCACAGCCUCGGCGGGAUCAGUCCCGGGAACGAGAUCUUCCUGCCAAGCCUGACGAACGCAAUCAGGUCAAGGAAGAGCAAGGAAAACCUGAUGCUCGAGAACUCGAAGAUAUUCCAAUGGAUGAUUCGACCAGUCUGGCUCAAGCCGAAGCGGAGGCGGCGGCCCGUCGGGAAAAGGAGGCUUUGCGAGAAAAGCAGGCUCGCGAAAUGGAAGAAGCACGUCUCGCUGCUGAAGCGGAAAAAGCUCGCCUGGAGAAAGAGGAGCAAGAACGUGCAGCGCGAGAGGCUCGUCUUGCGCAGGAGAAGGCCGCGGAGAAGGCCGCAGAAGAAGAGCUGGAGCGGAAGCGCAAAGAGGCAGAGGCUGAACAACGGCGAAUCAAGCAAGCCGAAGAAGAACGCCAGAAGCGACUUGAACAGGAGCGCCAGCGGCUUGCCAAACUGCGCAAAGAGCAGGAAGAACAAGAACAGCGUCGACGAGAAGCCCUGCCCAGUCGACUCCGAGUUGCAGCAAACCUUGUUGGAUCCAACGAUCCGCAAGCCAAAAGCCAUGCGUGGCUACGGAAGUUCAUGCCUGUUGUAACUGCCGAGACGAGACAGCUGGACCCGUCCUGCGCCAUUGAUGUGGCGGAGGAUAGAUGGAUUCCGAACUACCUGGUUGCACCCUUGCUGGCGACGAAUGAUCUUCAACUUUCACAAUACGCCAGCUGGGAGAAGCGCAUUGCAACUCCUACCCAGCGGACGAACCUCUGGCGAGUCACGCGAAGGAUGCUAGUUCAAGCAGACGAAGCCGAGUUCCUCAAUUCGUCUUUCGGACAGAUCAUGCAGCGGGAUAGCGAAGCACGGCCCAAGUACUUCGACAUGGAGCAUGUAUUUUGGUUGAAGCUGUCCGAUUUCAUGGAUCUUGUCCCUCACAUUUCGCACCUUCAUGGGCUCGACAUUCAGUUGCUCAAGAUGCAUAUUGACCAGGAGCCCAAGACGCAACCGGUGUUUGAGUUAGCGCAGGCCAAUGGACAUAUCUCAGGGCCGCAUCUUGAGGAAGGCCCUGGUUUAUUGGGAGGAAAUGGGUUGACUAAUGGCUUUGGGCACAGCCGGUCUAGUACAUACGUCUAAUUGUUCUUUCUUCAGCUUAAGCGAUCAUUUAGCCUGGCGCUAGCCUGUACAGGUGGAAAUCUUGAUGUACGACUAUGAUACCUGAUGUGUGAUGCUUGGAUAGCGUGAAAUCAUGAUAUCCCGAGACCUUUUUGUUCCGUACAUAAUACCCCC